CAGCCCUCCCUCCUCACCCAAGACCCAAGACACAACCGACCCUCCUGAAUAUCAGGUUCUCGCAUUCAAACAACAUGGCCAAUUGGUGCUCCCUCCCGACCGAGAUGCAGCUCGCCGUCCUCGGCCAGCUCUCCCUCACCGAGACUCGUGCCCUCGCCUACUGUUCUCGCUCUUCAUACACCCUCACGAUCCCCACUCUGUUCGCCAAUGUCCACCUCUCCUCGUUCCAUGUCCUCAAGCGCUUCGUCGACAACGUUCCAGUUACCUACGGACAGUACAUACAAACACUGUCUGUCAAUACCAGGGUCGACCACAGCAUCUCGCAAAAUGCCGAAACACAUCCGCGCACCGAUGCCCUCAUCGCCCUCCUUGAUCGUUGCCCCAGGCUAUCGAAGCUUACGCUCGCCUUGGAUGGCUCGCUCGCUCCUCACGCACUGCCCGCCUUCACGCGUCUCAGCUGCCUGACGGCCCUCGACGUUGAGCCCGCCCGUCGUGAAGAAGAUGCACCUGUCUCCGAGCGAUUUGUCGUUGCCCUUGCGCGAUCGGUGCCUGCCCUCGAGCACCUCUCUCUGUCGCGCAUCACACGUUCGGCUGCGCUCGCGCACCCUUGCUCCGUCCCACUCGGCGUGCCUCUCACAGAGGAUGGCGACACCUGCUACACCUUCGAUGGCACAGUUCCCUUCGAAAACCUAUAUCUCCCCACCCUUCUUGACCUCCGCCUCCGCACGCUUCGCAUCUGCGAUACUUACCUUGGCUGCGACGCCGUCCUGCCGUAUCCUUCUGUAGACUUCCGUGAAGGAAAAACUGGCACCCUCGAGCAGCUCACGCUCACGGGCAGCAUGUACGUCGACCCCUCGACGGAUGAUACCGAGCCCCUCGCUUGUGCUGCCUGGCUCGCCCACGUUCCCAACAGCACGCUUAGUCGUGUAGACCUCGGCUGUGCACUAGCCACGCCCCGUCUACUGACUUCGCCUGGCUGGGUCUCACCUGUCGACUCGCCCGUUAUCCCUUUCACACCAGUCUCUCCAUCAUCUACUGGCUCGGCUUUUGUCUUCCCACCCGUCGCUUCAUCAAGGGCCAGGUCGGGUUCGCUCGCCGCGGCAAGGGAAGCAGAAGUGGAGAAGGAGAAGGAGAGACUUCGCCAGCAAUACCCCGCCAUCGAGCACCUUCAUCUGAACGCAUCGCGCUUCUUCCCUGAAGCCACUGCCCUAGCUACCACCCUUCAGGCGGUCCCCCGUGUGGACAAGCUCAGUGUUGCAGACGACGAUUUUCCCCAGGAAGAUCCCCAGUGCGCUAUGGAUGAUCUCGCCGACUGGUGCAGCGUCCUCGCGGAUAUUCUCCCUGGCUCCGGAGUUCAACACGUCGACAUGCGCUUUGGUUCCACUGGCUGGAACUGGGAAGCGUAGACGACGUUUCAAGUUCCCAUCUAUCUUUCCACUGGGCUUUCGCGAUACCAUCACACAGCAUUACAUGCACCGCCGAGGUGUAGGACUUAUAUUUAACUUAUCGCUAUCUAUCCUUGCACUAGUGGUUGUCGACCGCAUCUAUGAUAAUCACACCUUAGUAGCUUUGUAUCUUGACUGUAUCAUAUUGUAUUAUCAUAUUAGAGAGACUGGUUGUUCUGUCAUGGCUCAAGCGUUUAAGAAACAUUAAAAUUGAAACCCCC